GGUGACAAAGGAGUAUAUAUUCCUCCCCCCUGGGCACUCCAUUGUGGAUCCAGUGUGUGGCACUCCCUUUAUUAUCCUAUCGGCUGUGAAAUUGGGCUCUAGCAAUGGCACCAAAGAAAGCAAAGAAAAGGGCAGAGGGGGCCAACUCCAAUGUGUUCUCGAUGUUUGAACAGGCCCAGAUUCAGGAGUUUAAAGAGGCUUUCACCAUCAUGGAUCAAAACCGAGACGGGUUCAUCGACAAAGCUGACCUGAGGGACACGUUUGCUGCUCUCGGACGUCUCAAUGUGAAACAGGAAGAGAUUGAUGAGAUGCUGAAAGAAGCACCUGGACCAAUCAACUUUACUGUUUUUCUAACCAUGUUUGGUGAAAAACUAAAAGGAGCCGAUCCAGAGGAGACGAUUCUGAACGCUUUUAAAGUGUUUGAUCCGGAAGGGAAAGGAAUUCUGAAGAAAGACUAUGUCGUGGAGAUGUUGACAACACAAGCAGACCGGUUUUCCAGUGAAGAGAUUGAGCAGAUGUUUGCCGCCUUCCCUCCUGAUGUGUCUGGAAACCUCGACUACAAAAAUCUGGUUUACAUCAUCACCCAUGGAGAGGAUAAAGACCAAGAGUAGGAUACAUUGUGAUGCUGCUCGGCCACAUCGCGUGGACGCUGCCCUUCAGUGCUCCGGAUCAGCCUGUAUGUUCAACAUUUGAAGCGACGUUUGCACUCUACUCCUGUCAACAUGUAGUGACUAUUAAUGCUGGUCCUUUAUUUUAAACUUGUGCUCUUCCAGUUUGAUGACUAUGGUUUCCACCUUUACAUCACUGACGUCAUUUAAAUGUAUUAUGCUGAAGCUUGAUGUAUCACAUGAGAGAAUAUUUGCCACUUCUGGAAAUGUCCCACCAAAGCAAUAAAUCGAACUCUUCUUGUACUUUGUGGCAUUUACUCUUUGUAAUGGACCAGAGUCUUGUCUUGUCAGCUUGGUUUCUUCAUACAAAUGGUAACAAUAAAGGUGACAGUUUGCUGAG